AUGAAGGUAAAUAGAGAACAGUGGGGUCAGAGAAAAUUUAAUUGUGAUUGCAUUGUCUUUACUAACUCCUUGAUGGACAGUAGUAGGCUAUAAGACAGGUCAUGUUUUUGUUUUAUGAAAUAUUUACCUGUCAGUACUGCACAUUAACACAGGAAAGUGGAUUCUAUUGGCUACUUCAUAACAUUUAGGUAAUCAUCCUUUACUUUAACCAGUUGCAUCAUGUCACAUUAUGUGUGGCGCUCGGUUGCUUCCACUGGAGCUGUGUAACUCACAGUAGCUUUUAUGUUUGGUCCCAAAUUACACACUUCUUGAUUUUUCACUUCUAUUCUGAAGUCUCUGUCUUUCUUUCUUCAUGGUUGCUUCCACUGGAGCUGUGUAACUCACAGUAGCUUUUAUGAUGCGUCCCAAAUUACACACUUCUUGAUUUUUCACUUCUAUUCUGAAGUCUCUGUCUUUCUUUCUUCAUGGUUGCUUCCACUGGAGCUGUGUAACUCACAGUAGCUUUUAUGUUGGGUACCCAAAAUUACACACUUCUUGAUUUUUCACUUCUAUUCUGAAGUCUCUGUCUUUCUUUCUUCAUGUUGCCCUCAUCCCAAUAGCCAACUUUAGGUUUCAAGGGAGGGAUUCAACAGAAAACAUGGCAUCGAAUUUGAACACACUCCUAUAUAUAUUUUUUUUUUUAUAUGACCUGACCAUAUCUACCUGCCCUGCCAGUAUGAUGCUCCUCUCAGUGUUUUCACUGAGCUUUCUCUGAGCCUACAGUAGCUCUCAAAGAAUAUGCAAAGAAAUUCAAGCUGCUUUAUGUCAGUCAGGAAUAUUGUAAAACAUGCUUAAAGCCAACAGCAAAUUUGCAGAAAGAGCAGCAUAUGCCGAGGGAGAAGAAAGGAGAAAUCUGACCUUGAAAUUCUAUACAAUGGAGUGGUUUUAUUUGCCCCCCCCCCCCCCCCCCCAAGUUUUCUGAGCAUAAAAAAAUGAUAUAUAUAUAUAUAUACAGUGCCUUCGGAAAGUAUUCAGACCCCUUGACUUUUUCCACAUUUUGUUACAUUACAGCCUUAUUCUAAAAUGGAUUAAAUAAAACCAAUUCCUCAGCAAUCUACAGAAAUACCUUAUUUACAUAAGUAUUCAGCCCCUUAGCUAUGAUACUCGAAAUUGAGCUCAGAUGCAUCCUGUUUCCACUGCUCAUCCUUGAACUCUUCAUCACGUCUGGAGGAAACUUGGCACCAUCCCUACGGUGAAGCAUGGUGGUGGCAGCAUCAUACUGUGGGGAUGUUUUUCAGCGACAGGGACUGGGAGACUAGUCAGGAUCGAGGCAAAGAUGAAUGGAGCAAAGUACAGAGAGUUCCUUGAUGAAAACCUGCUCCAGAGCGCUCAAGACCUCAGACUGGGGCGACGGUUCACCUUCCAACAGGACAACGACCCUAAGCACACAGUCAAGACAACGCAGGAGUGGCUUCGGGACAAGUCUCUGAAUGUCCUUGAGUGGCCCACCCAGAGCCUGGACUUGAACCCGAUCAAACAUCUCUGGAGAGACCUGAAAAUAGCUGUGCAGCAACACUCCCCAUCCAACCUGACAGAGCUUGAGAGGAUCUGCAGAGAAGAAUGGGAGAAACUCCCCAAAUACAUGUGUGCCAGGCUUGUAGCGUGUGAUAUUUCAGUUUUAUUUUUUAAAAUAAAUUUGAAAACAUUCGUCAUGAUGGGGUAUUGUGUGUAGAUUGAUGAGGGAAAAACAAUUUAAUCAAUUUUAGAAUAAGGCCGUAACGUAACAGAAUGUGGAAAAAGUCAAGAGGUCUGAAUACUUUCCGAAGGCACUGUAUAUAUAUAUAUAUAUAUAGUCCAGUCAAAAGUUUGAGAGAAUGCCAAGAGUGUGCAAAGCUGUCAUCAAGGCAAAGGGUGGCUACUUUGAAGAAUCUCAAAUAUAAAAUAUAGUUUGAUGUUUAAGACUUUUUUGGUUACUACAUGAUUCCAUAUGUGUUAUUCCAUAGUUUUGAUGUCUCCACUAUUAUUCUACAAUGUAGAAAAUAGUAAAAAUAACGAAAAACCCAUGAAUUAGUAGGUUUGUCCAAACUUUUGACUGGUACUGUAUAUAUAUAUAUAUAUAUAUAUAUAUAAUUUUAUCUUUCAUUGUUGGACAUGAAAUACUGUAAAAAUCAUCUCCAAGUGAUUUCAAUUGAGGAAAUCUGUUCCCAAGUAUUCCCACGCAUAAUAGAGAGAGCAGUUUGAUAUGAUUAUGUUUUAGUCAAAUAUUAUAUGUGUUUGGGCUUCUUGCGUUGAGAUUUGCAGUCUACAAAUUAUUUGUAGCUUAAAUAUGUUCCGGCCCCCGAACAGCCGCUCAAGAAAAAAUUGUCCAAUCAUUUGAGCAUUAGCUUUUCUCAACCAAUAAUAGAGUAAUAAUACAGUAAUAAUAAUUCACAAAGUCAAAGGAUGACACGAGCGUAGUAGGCUAGGUAGUGCUAUAGCUGCCACCUAAGCCUAGAGCUGACCGGUCAGAAAUGUUGUAUUUUGUUAGACUAUUGUGAAUGGUUGUCCAGCUGUCUGCUUUGUCCAUUCCCUGAGGCACACACAGUGCUCGUUAAUCUCUGUUGCUGAUUUUCUUUAACCCAAAAUGGUCUCACUCCCCUUGAGUUGUGCAUGUGUUUUGUCCAUUCUGCUGACAUGCUUGUUAUUUUCCUCUGGAGUUGUUUAUGAGCGUAGCUGAGCGUAGCUAUAGUUUGGAUUUUUCUGACUCAGAACACUUGAAGGUGUAAACAUUCCAAAUUAAAAGAAGGCAUUGCUCUUAUCCAUGUACUCCAAUGAUGAUAUGAGUAGGAAGGUUAAAAGUCGAAACAGAAAGUUGUUCUGUUUAUGGUGCGGAUAAGUGUGCAUUUGUGUCACUGACCUAUAAAUAAGGGGUGUGUGUGUGGAGCAAUUAGAGCACAUGCUAAAAGAAGUGGUCUGUUUUGUAUACAUUUCCCCAUAGAGCCGUGAUAGUAUGGUAAACAUAAAGAUAAAUAGGCCUAGCUGUUCUGUGCCUAAUUACAGGAAUUACAUCAGGUACUGGGCUGUCUGUUAUCCAUAUUUUACUGUGUGACAUUCAAAAUGUAGUACUUUGUGCAGAACUACUGCAGUAUGAUUAGUCUUAUAGGCAUGAGAUAUUGCAUGGCAGUGAUUAUGAUCCCAUUGCUAAUACUACCCUGUUGGGGCUAGGCAUAGAGGAGAAUCCUGUGGACAUCUCCUCUACUCACACUCCAUCUCCAGAUCACCUCCCAUCUGUCGCCCAUCUAAGCUUUCUGAACAAGCACUUAAUCAGAGCACCACUCGCUGUUACUACAUAGGCCUAGAUGAGUCGCCACUCCCAGCUGGCCAGUGUGUUUUACACUGUGACCUGACCUCUUGUCCUAUCUGAUCCCUCUCUCUCCUCUCUAGGUACUGUGCCUGUCAAUGCAUCUGUGAGAAAAAGCCCAGCUCUGACAUAAGGAAGCCAGGCCACUUCCUUCACCACCCAUCCAGGUAUGUGGACACACAUGGUUCUGUGUGAUUUCAUAAGAAUUGACAGCUGCUCUGAAAUGAGUUCACAACCUUUGUUUGAAGUGAAUCACCAAUGACGUUUGUGACGCACAGCUUCCUGCUGUUUCACUUCAAAAUGCCCACAUGAGCAGUUGGCGGGGAGAACAGUUAGGGAUGAAUUAAGUUAUGAGCACAGUCAGUCAGUCAAACAUAAACACAGUCAUGUGUGAGGGCGAUCUUCUCACCCACAGUUCCCAGCUAUAUUGUUUUCUUGCAUCUUAUUAACUUGAACUGGAGUCUUAUUUCUGAUUUUUUAACAUGGCCUCUAACCAUCUAUUCCACCAACGCUUUAACAUCUCCUGUCUAUCUUUCUAGCGUGGCUCUUAGAAUGCUCUGUUCUGAGUAAAGGAGCAUACUGAGAAACGGACAGCUUGACUUACAUAGCACACAUAGGCCAUGUCAUUACAUGAGCCAAGCCUGAGCUUUCCAGAAAGGCACGCAACAGACUGGAAUUACAGACAGCCUUACAGCGCUAUGAUAAUGCUGCUGAGCGCACAGUACACUCUGUUUCAUCUGAACGUGACAGAAGUAUGGGAUCACGUCAGGGGAGUGGCUUAAAUAGGAACACAUUUAGAACAGUGACAUAGCAUUAAGAACAUUAUGAAAGGGAGAAGUUCUUGCAUGGCAGACAGUAUCACAGUGCUGUGUAAGCUAACCAUGUGUAUCCAGCUGAGCUGACAUACUGUAGUUUCAUCCUGACCCUGUUACCAGUGGUUCUGCUUCUUCCCUGCUUCUCCUCAUCUGAUCAAGGUUUUUAUUUCCGCACAGCUUAAAUAUAAACCUUUUUGUCACUUAGAUACCAUAGAGGUCAUGUGCAUGAAAACAUUAGAAAUGAUCAGAAUCCACCUUAGUGAUCUUGUAGUGUUGUAAAAUGGAUGGUGUUGAGUGUUACUGAAUAUUAUGUGAAUGCCAUGGAGAUGGUAAAAUUAUACACAAGUAUUUUCAUUAGACUUUGAUGAGUGGUGGUGUGAGGAGAGGUGUGACCUGCAUGCUAUCAGUGGGUUCUGUGUAGCGGAAAAGGUUCCCUAAUUGGCAAGCGUUCAAGAAGGUCCUGCUCCACUGUAUCCGGGCAACCAGAGAUGUGUUACAACUAGCUAAGCUGACCUUAAAGCAGAGUUUCCUUUUUCUCCUUUUGUGUUUGAGUAUACACUAAGUAUGCCCUCAGAACAGCCUCAGUUCAUUAGGGCAUGGACUCCACAAGGUGUAGAAAGCAUUCCACAGGGAUGCUGGCCCAUGUUGACUCCAAUGCUUACCACAGUUGGCUGGAUGUCGUUUGGGUGGUGGACCAUUCUUGAUACACACAGGAAACUGUGUGGAAAACCCAGCAGCGUUGCAGUUGUUGACACAAACUGGUGCGCCUGGCACCUACUACCAUACCCCGUUCAAAGGCACUUACAUAUUCUGUCUUGACCAUUCACCGUCUGAAUGGCACACAUACACAAUCCAUGUCUCAAUUGUCUCAAGGCUUAAAAAUCCUUCUUUAACCUGUCUCCUCCCUUCAUCUACACUGAUUGAAGUGGAAUUAACAAGUGACACCAAUAAGGGCUAACAAGUGACAAUCAAUCAUAGCUUUCACCUGGAUUCACCUGGUCAGUCAAUGUAAUGAAAAUAGCAGGUGUUAUUAAUGUCUUGUACACUCAGUGUAGGUGUUUUAGCCUUCCUUUGGCUUAUGUGACAAAUGAACAUUUACAAAAGCAUUUACAUUCUCAGGAGUAUUGUUUUAUGCAGCUUACAAAAAAACAUGUAAAAAAACAUUGCAAACACACAGUGAUGAAUGGUAUAGAAGCAAGUCCUCUUUGCCCGGUGGAUUACAUAGUCAGCUCGGAUGUCUGUUGUGACAUAUACCAGAGUGAGGGGUCAGGUUGUAGUGUAGUUGACUAUGGUGACGGUGACAAUAACAAAGUUCCUGGCUGCAGGCAAGAAAUUAUGGGGUGUAAUUAAGGUUUUGUUCGAUGUAAUCACGCUCUGAAACUGUCACAUCAUACGGAGAGUGGAAAAGAGCUGGGGAAAAAUAGGUCAGUGGAGAAUCAAAUUACAACGAGAAGACUUUCAGGCACAGUGGAGCAGAGCAUUAGUUCUGGUCUGAUUACAGGAGCAGGACAAGGCACAGUGACCUGAGGUGGCUGUGCUUUUUAAGGUAUUUUUGUGCAACCUGGUCACAGAGCAUUCCGUAUGAUUAUGUACGUAAAUCCAUGACACUCCAUUUAGUAUGAUAUGUUAAGUUCCAUAUGGUAUGAAUUAAUUUGUGGAUGUCCAUCACCCAUUUCGUAUGAUAUGUUACGAAUUACAAUUCGUAUUAUAUGUUACGAAUUAGCAAAAUGUAUAAUAUGUUACAAAUUUGCUAAACAUACAAUAUGUUACGAAUUUGAAAAAGGCAUGAUAUGUUACGAAUUCUAGCAAGGUGGCUAGGUAGCUAACGUUAGCUAGCUGGCUAACGUUAGCUAGGCUAGGGGUUAUGGUUCAGUUUAGGGUUAAGUUUAGGAGUUAGGUUAAGGUUAGGGUUAGGGGAAGGGUUAGCUAACAUGUUAAGUAGUUGCGAAGUAGCUUAAAAGUAGUAAGUAGUUGCUAAUUAGAUAAAAUGUUGAAGUUGUCCGUGAUGAGAUUCGAACUCGCAACCAUUGGGUUGCUAGACGUUCGCAUAGAAGUUUGCGUUAUACUUUCGUUAGGAAAAGGCCAUAUUACUGGUUGGAUUAUAUAAACAGUGAUCAAUGCAGAUAUGGGUUUUUUAUGAAAUGUGACCCCUCCUGACAAUCUGUCUUCCUCGGUAACAUUGUCAUUGUUUUAUCUGAAUUAGCCUUUUAUAUUAAGGACUAAUCUCACUAAAUUAUGUCUCUGACUGACACCUAGGUUUUUGUAGCAUAUGCUACAUUAUGUUAUGAACACUAUUCCAAAGCAUCCGUUUUUAGUAACCCAAGGUUUUCAUUGACGACAAAAUAAUUCUGGUUCAUUGUUGCUGGAGGUCAAGUGAAUUAUGCUUCUCAAAGACACUCUUGAUUGUUGCCUAAGGGAGAGAGAGAGGCUUGAGCCUCAGCUAUAGCUUUCACCUUAUGUAAGACCUUAUCAUUUCAAUCUCAAACCAUAGAGAUAUGAAUCGGUCCUCUUACAUCACCUUUACUGAGUGGGCCAUCUACAGUAUACAUCAGCACAAAGUCCAGGUUGUACGGCAGCUGCUCAGGUUCAGAGGGCUUUGUUAUAUGAUGCUGCUGUGGUGUCCUCAUGCCUUGGGUAUAUAAAGAGGACGUCUGACUCUUCGCUGACUUGCCUUUCAGAUCUGGUUCAUUGCUGGAAAGAAACCGAGUGAGAUGUUUUGAGGAUAACUGGCCUUAUGAAUAUUUGUGGUGAGUGUCACACCCUCUUUAAAACAACCACAGUUAAUUUCACUUUUUGAUCAAUUGUCUUUGUCUAAGAAUUGAGAUUUUUACGUCUAUAGUGUCCUUUCAUAGAAGUCGCUUUCACGUCAACUGACCUUUUAUUGUGUGUUAUGGAGUAGUAAGUGCUGAAAUCAUUGUGUUUUCUCUCUAUAGAUGAUCUAAUGGCAGACCAAAGAAUGGACAUUUCCUCCACGAUGAACGAGUUCAUGUCUCCUGGCUCCACUGAUCUAAUCAGCUCGAUCGGCACACCCGGCAUGGACUACACACGCAAGAGAAAAAGCAGCACCACAGAUUACCAGUAAGCCUGACUCCUAUACUGCUUAUAGACUUUGUUCUACUUGCCACCUGAAGAUAGUGCAUGUGCCAAUCAUCUUUAUUAUAUUUCUAUAUUUCUUAAUUCCAUUAUUUUACUUUUAGAUUUGUGUGUAUUGUUAUGAAUUAUUAGAUACAACUGCACUGUUGGAGCUAGGAACACACGCAUUUCGCUACACCCACAAUAACAUCUGCUAAAUACGUGUAUGUGACCAAUACAAUUUGAUUUCAUUUGAUAUUCAUGUCAUGUUAGGUCUGGUUUAGUGUGAUCACAUUUUUCAGUUUUUCAUUUAUGCCAUUUUGUGACAGAUUUGUAUGUUUGCAUGCAGCUUUUUGAUGAACUAUAUGGAAAUAUCUUCUUACUGUGUGUCAAAGGUUUCCACUUAAAGUUGACAAGAUAACUACCUACCUAGAAAUUAACAACCAAUUAGGAACAAAUGGUAGCAUAACCUUGAUUUAGAUUAGAAUAAUCAGUAUACUUAAUUUGAAUUGUAAUAUACAAACUUCCUUGCUUUCACAGAAUUGAUGGAUUUUCUUUUGAGUAAGUAUCAAAUCAAAUUAUUUUACAUUUUAGUCAUUUUGCAGACACUCUUAUCCAGAGCGACUUACAGUUAGUGAGUGCAUACAUUAUUAUUUUAUAUAUUUUUAUUUUUCAUACUGGCCCCCCGUGGGAAUCGAACCCACAACCCUGGCGUUGCAAACGCCAUGCUCUACCAACUGAGCUACAUCCCUGCCGGCCAUUCCCUCCCCUACCCUGGACGACGCUGGGCCAAUUGUGCGCCGCCCCAUAGGUCUCCCGGUCGCGGCCGGCUACGACAGAGUGGCACAGCUAGCACUGCGAUGCAGUGCCUUAGACCACUGUGCCACUCAAAUUAUGAAUGUUCAAGUACAUUUGUAGUAGAGGAGCCAAUCACAUGUCUGAUUAGUUGGCCCUCUGUGAUCCUUGUUUGGUCGGGAUUGGCCUGCAAAUUGAGGUUAGACACUAAUGUGUUCCCCAUAUCAGGUAGAGAAAAAACGAAAAAAGGUAUUGUGUAUUGUGAAAUUCCUCAUCCCCAACUUAGGUCAAUCAAAAUGAAUGUGUUAUUAUAAUCAGUACCCUGAGAGUGACCGGUCAGUUAGUAUGUACUGUAUGGAUCGCUGUGAAUAUGGGAGAGCCAGUCAUGCUAUAGUGUAGAUUUUAAUAGCUAGAAUAAGGGUAAGCAUCAAAGCAUGAAGGGGUGCUACAGUAACAAUCUUGAAGCAACAAGACUGUAUUACAGUUGUGUUAAAAAAUGUAUUUGCUGGUAUUUAGUUUGAUGACAGGCCUUAAUUUAAUAGAGAGUGCACCCUGAUUUGAUGGAUGAUGGAUGAUACAUUAUAUUGUUGUCUUUGUAACUCAUUCACUAAAGGCACAGAUUUGUUUUUACCUGCUUUAGUGAGACUUAAGCCAACAACUCUGUGGGAAUACCUUUGGGUCAAUUUUGUAGAGCCAAUCAUAUUUUAAAUAAUCUUUAUUUGAGGCUGUUGAAUGCUAUUAUAGUAUGGAGUGAACAAGUCUUGAAGUGGCACAGGAUAUGUAAUGGGUCAUGACUUCAUUUCUCUUUUGUGGUUUGUGAAAGGACAGUAGGGCUGAGUGGGAUGACAGAGUAGAAGUUCAGCUGUGAACAAUAUCAGAGGUAUUAGUGGCACAAGGUCUUUCGCCUGAAUCCACACAAGAAUGGUCUCAAAGAAACCUUGUUCAUCAUUUUGUAUUAACAUUUCUAUAAACUAUUCAUAUAGCUUUGGUAGAAGCUAAUAGCUUGAAUUAGUAAUGUUGAUGUUUCAUGUCAAUCAAAGGCUCUCCAUGUUUUUUUAAUUAUAAAAAAAUGCAAAUGACUUCUCACUUUAGUGUUUUGCAUUAUUCAUAAUUACAUUGCAUACUGUAUUAUCAUUAUUAAAUAGUUGUUGUAAAAUAAUUGUUUUACUAUAUUUCUUUGUACUAAUGUUAUUGCCUCUCCUCAAAGGGAUAGCAUGGACACAGACAAUGAUGGACUUGGUGAUCAUCAAGGCCGGAUUAAAAAUGCCAGGUAACCAAAUGUUUCUACCUUCCAUAGGAUGACAUAAAAAUAUGUGUGUUUAUAUUAGAGAUUAGUAAUGUUUCUUUAAAUACAGGCAGACUAUGGAUGUGUUGAUUCGUUUGUCUGUGUUAAUUGCUCUUUGUAUUGCUUGGAUGGCAGGGAGGCCCACAGUCAGAUUGAGAAGAGACGCAGGGACAAGAUGAACAGCUUCAUAGAUGAGCUGGCCGCACUAGUGCCUACCUGCAACGCUAUGUCCCGUAAACUGGACAAACUAACGGUCCUGCGCAUGGCUGUCCAGCACAUGAAGACCUUAAGAGGUGAGGCGAGAAGGAUUUUAGUAGGACUGCUGCCAGAACAGUGCAAAGAUGACAACCACCACCAUGCAGCUGAUCAAUAAAGUACAUCAGAGAAAUACAAUAAAUAAAAAUUACAUAUUGAUCCGGUUGUGUUACAUAUGAGCUUUUUCUGACUCACAGGUGCCGCUAACCCCUACACUGAAGCUAACUACAAACCAGCCUUCCUGUCAGAUGACGAACUGAAGCACUUAAUACUGAGGGUGGGUGUCCUUACUUCCAUAGACUGUAUGGUGUCCUCAGAGUGCGUUUCAUGAUGAGUAUGCAUGUGUGACUCAGUAUUUAUCUUUCUCUCUUCUUCUCUCUCUCAUCUCUCCCUCUCCCUCUCCUCUCCACAGGCAUCUGAUGGCUUUCUGUUUGUUGUUGGCUGCGAUCGAGGGAAGAUACUGUUUGUUUCGGAGUCAGUCUACAAAAUCCUAAACUACAGCCAAGUACGUCCUCUCCAAUAUGUUGCAGUUUUUUCCAUUAUCCAGAAUGACUUACAGUUAGUGCAUUCAUCUUAAGAUAAGUAGCUAAGACAACUACAUAUCAGUCAGUACAUUUUCCCACAAUAAAGUAGCUAUCAGCGAAGUAGGUGCUAGUUGGAAAAAGUCAAGUACAAGUGUUAGUCCACGAAAGGCAAGGGUGUUAGUUAUUUUGUAUUUUUUUAAUGGCGUCAUUUAUGUAACAUGGACUUAUCUUACAGUACUCUCUCCCUCUCUGUGCAGAAUGACCUGAUUGGCCAGAGCCUGUUUGAUUACCUGCAUCCUAAAGACAUUGCCAAAGUCAAGGAGCAGCUGUCCUCGUCGGACACGGCGCCGCGGGAGCGCCUCAUCGAUUCCAAAAGUAAUGCACCCUGGCCUCUAGUUACCCCUACACAGCUAGCACAGUGACACACCCCUCAAUGUAUCCCCCUGUACCGUGUGCUCCUCAGCAUUUAAAUGUCAGAAGCUAAAUGUAGGGUAGUGCUAUUUUUAUAUCAAGACACGCUGGAUUUAGGGUAAAUAUAAACAGUCAAACAAUUUCUGUAAAUUCAACCAAUUUUUUGUAAUAGCAAAAAAUUAUGUAUUGUAGCUUUAUUUGCCAGAGUAGGACUUGAUGCAGUAUAUAUUUAUAAAAGAUCAUGGGUGAUACUGUUCCUGUCGUUGCAGCAUAGGUUAAAUGCUAUAUUGUGUCUGGUCCCCAGCUGGCCUUCCAGUAAAGACAGACAUCACCCCCGGCCCAUCCAGACUCUGCUCUGGAGCCAGGCGAUCCUUCUUCUGCAGGAUGAAGUGCAAUCGGCCCCUCAUCAAAAUGGAGGACAAGGACUUUCCUUCCACCUGCUCCAAGAAAAAAGGUACCUGUCUUUUCCUUACAUUUUCCAUCUCCUGUGAUUCAUUUUAGUUAACAGUUCAUUUGGUUUCGUACCAAUAGACUACCUACUCAUUGAUGUCAGUGACAGCUCCAGAGUAGGGCUAGAUGAUGAUGAGGAUCUAUUCCCUGUAUCCGCAGCUGACCGUAAGAGCUUCUGCACAAUACACAGUACUGGCUACCUGAAGAGCUGGCCGCCCACCAAGAUGGGUCUGGAUGACGACAAUGAACCAGACAACGAGGGCUGCAACCUCAGUUGCCUGGUGGCCAUUGGACGGCUGCAUCCCCACAUUGUCCCUCAGCCAAUGAACAAUGAGAUCCGUGUCAAGCCCACUGAGUAUGUCUCGCGCCAUGCCAUCGACGGGAAGUUUGUCUUUGUCGAUCAGAGGUGAGAGAUUUUUUAGGGCAUGGAUGCAGUCAUACAAACAUGUAGCAAAGGAUGUACCAGUUGGCCGCUACACAGUGAUGUCCUGACACCUGGCUGGACCUUGUGGGCAGUCCAGAGCUGGAUUUACUGUAGAGUGACAGCUUGUGUGUGAGUGAGGUUUUGUCAAUGUCCAAAUAUAGCAUCAGUAAAAUGUUCCAGAUGGAGGUGUUAAUGGAGGCCCAGAGGGCAGACAGGAUUCAGAGUAGAUAUGUUGACAACAAAUACUCCACUGCCCCCUGACAAAACAAUCCCAUAACCUCGCCAUGUCACUGAUACUGUUAGGUACACUAGGAAGUUCUAGAUAAUGUCACAGGGUGCUAUGUGAUUGUCAUAGGGCUGGGCAAUAUGGACAAAAUAUCAUAUCAUUACAAAAAAAAAUAACAAUGACGGUAUUUGAUGUUUUUGAAUAAUAAAAGUUAUAAAUAUGCUUUCUGAGUAAUUCAUGACCCUAGGAUGGAAACACAUACAUUAUAAGUGAUUUCAAUGGGGCUUUCUCCAUUUAUACUGUUCAAUCCAACUCCAAACAAAAAUCAUUUUCAGCAUUUUCAUCCAUUUCUGCAUUUCCUGCACUUUUAUGAUAAUUUCCACACUGUGACACGCAGCAUGAUCUGGGCAAAAAAAUCUAGGCCUAGUUAAUUGUACUGUUGGAAUCAUGGAAAUAUAAUGAUUAUUCUAAUUCUAUAGUUGGUAUAUAGUGGGACAGAACCUUGAAUACAUUGUUGUUUGACAUGACAACAAAUUAAUAAGCCAGUGAGGAAUUAUCGAUAGGGUAAGAACCAAAGUUUUCAUCAGUGUUUCCAGGUGACUCUAAUUAGAUGUUACAUGACAUGUUUUCAUACUUCAUGUAGCUAGCUAGCUAGCCAACAUAUUAUUUACCAUCCCACUGCUACUGUUCUAGAUGACUGUUGGGAAUAUACUAGUAGACAAGGCAGUGGUUUUGGUUGGGCACUUGGAAAGCUUGCUGAUGAGAGUGGUUUGAGGGAGUUGGAGGUUGGCCCUUCUGUGGUGAUAGGGGAUGUUCCUCCAUGGUUACUCCCAGAUCCUGUUGUUGAUCUAACCUUGGUAGAGAAAAGGAAAGAUUGGUCAGAAGUCAGUGAUAUAGGGAAACUGGUUGACAAUUACAUUGGUAGAAGUUUUUAUGCAUUUUUACCGCUUUUCACAGGUGGAUCCAAGGACCCAGAUAGUGGGCGCACAGGAGCAGGCGUUUACGUUCCUGAAUUUGAUGUGCAGAUAUGUAGAAGACUAACAGAUUAACUGUCAGUAUACUCAGUUGAACUGUUGGCGAUAGUAGUUGCCCUCCAGAGGGUGGAGGACGUACAACCUGUCAGAAUUAUAGUGUGCUCAGAUUCCCUAUCUGUACUGAAUAGUUAAUCAUCUGGAAAAUCUAAUAGGAGUGACCUUCUAUUGGAGGUAUUCAUGUUAUUAUGGAGAAUUGAGAGACUGGGUGUAGUAGUGAGAUUCUGCUGGGUCCCAGCACAUUUGGGUGUGGAAGGAAAUUACAUUGUAGACCAGUUAGCCAAAAGAGCUUUAAAAUGAGAUAUAAUUGAUAUUAAUGUUCCACUGGGUAGAGGUGAGGCCAAAUGUAAGAUCAGAGCCAUUUUGAUAGAUGUGUGGUAGAAGGGAUGGGACUCUGAGCCCAAGGGCCGGCAUUUAUAUGCCCUUCCAAAGAAAGGUCGGUGGACCAAGUUUCAAAGGUCAGAUUAGGAAGGAAGAGGUGGUGUUUGCUCGAUUGUGCCUAUGACAUUGUACAUCGAACUCGUCAUUACAUCUGGUUGACAAGCAUGUGAAUGGUUUGUGUCUGGAGUGUAUGGUCGAUGAAACGGUGGAGCAUGUGUUGUUAUAUUGUUGUAAGUAUAUUGAAGAGAGGGUUAUUGAGGUUGGAUGGGGUUGGAAGGGAUUUGGGGGAGGGUCUAUUAGAAGUUAGUAGGGUUCUUUUUUAUUUUCUCAGAAGUACUGAGUUAGGUAGGAGGAUUUAGAAAUGUGGAGCUAAUGUUGUAAACCGUGAUUGACCACACACUCCAGCAUAGUAGGUGGCGGCAUCCACCUUUAACAUUUGUUUGCGGAAAGCCAUUAUAUCAUAGAAGAAGAAGCCAACAUAUAUUCAUACUUCACCUAUUCCUCUCUGACAACAUACCGUUGCACAAACAUGCUUAUCUUGGCUUACACCGGCACUGGUACCAGGCGGUGUUAGCUAACUAGCUAAGUUUGCUCUGACUCUUAGUACAUUUAGCUAGCUAGCCACUAGCCAGCUAACUAGCGAUAAGCAUUAACAGCUAACACAAAUUAUUUUAGCAACACCUUGCUAAGAAAAGACAAACUAGCAAACAGUAGUUUGCAGACAGGAAGAUACACAAACAAAUUGAGUAAAUAUAGAACGCUUGUGGAAAGUAGCAUGUCACCAACAUUGUUGCAUCCAUCUGACCAUGCGGAGUGAAAAACAGAUUAUACGCGCCAGAGUUGCGUAUUACAUUUAACAAACCAAACAUUGAAAUACCGUUAUAGAAGUUAAAGUAAAAACUUAAACCGGUCCGUGCAUCAAUACCAGUAUAUAGUCAAAUAUGGUAUACUGCCCAGCCCUAGAAUGUCAUGGCAUUGGUUAUGAUCAAACAAGCAAAGCAGGGGGGAGAAUAUUAUUUUAUUUGUAUACAAUAAAAAAAGAUGUGGGCUUACUUCUUAAAGAUGUCCUAAAUACCACCGGCCUGCAUUGAUAGUCAGGACUUGUGUUUAAUACUGUUCUCUUUUGUAGGGCCACUGCCAUUUUGGCUUAUCUACCCCAAGAGUUGCUGGGUACUUCGUUUUAUGAGUACUUUCAUCAAGAUGACAUUGGGCACCUUGCAGAAUGUCAUAGACAAGGUAUGUAUCAGAUUGAACAAGGACACCAAUAUAACACCAAAGAGCAAAGUAUUAGACUCAGUGAUACAUCCCUGAGUCUUAGGCCUUACAUGAGUAAUUUUGUAAUGGCUGGUAAUUUUGUCAUAAAAAAUGUAUUGCGCUAAGCCUGUCACAUGGCGAGUAGACUGUGAUAUGAAUGAAUCUAGAACCUGGCAGGCUACCAUUUGGCAUGUCACAGAGGUCAAGUGUGCAGAGAUCAUGCCUUAUUGAGCUCACCCCCUGGCUGCCGGCUCUGUUCUCAGUGCUCCAGAUGAGGGAGAAGAUCAAUACAAACUGCUACAAGUUCAAAAUAAAAGACGGCUCCUUUAUCACGCUGAGGAGUCGCUGGUUCAGUUUUAUGAACCCUUGGACCAAAGAGGUGGAGUACAUUGUCUCCACCAACACUGUUGUCUGGUAAGUAGCUACACACAUCUGUUUCUGCUAGGACUUUCUUCCAUAGCCCUCAUUUAACUAGUCAAUGCAUAAUAUUACACUGUAUUCAUUUUAUUAGGGUCAUAUAAAUGUAAGAUUUCAUACAGCUGAUUUACAUUUACAAUGCAUUAUUGGAACACUUGCAUCUUUAUUACUGUGUCUUUCUACAGCUGUAGGGUUGUCUAUGCAAUGGAUGUUAAUAAACUGCCCAAUGAGGUGUGAAGUGACGAGCAUGCUCAGUGAUGAUGCUCACUCUCUCUUCUCUCUCGCUUUCAUUGUCUCACAGCGGCAGUGUGCCUGAAGGAUCUGAUGGCAUCUAUCCUCAGCUCGCCGCCUCCCCCCAGAGCAUGGACAGUGUACUCACAGACGGUAAGCCUUCCCUCCUGUGCUCUCACGAAGCAGUUCACCUGCUUGGAUGAAGUGUGACUGUACUUUGAUAAGUUGACAUACAUUUUUUUGUGCCUGGCAUGACUAAGUAAUUGUUUUGUUUCGGAAAUGUGACUGAGCUUUUGCGUUUGUUGGUUGCAGGAACCGGGAAGCGGGCCCUUCAGACCGUGCCUGGCAUCCCCGGUGGCACAAGGGCAGGGGCAGGCAAGAUCGGACGGAUGAUCGCAGAGGAGGUGAUGGAGAUCCAGAGGUGAGAGGAACCAUGUGGAUUGUGUUUUGAUUGUAUUGUCAAACAGAAAUUGACAUGUCUGUAUGGUCAUAACCAUACCAUGAUCAUUGACCCCCAGUGCAUAAUGGAAACGUCUGUGUGUGACUGAGACUGUAUGGGGCUGUGUCCUGCUGUUUUUACCCUGUAUUUUUACUCUUCCAGGAUAAGAGGCUCCUCGCCCUCCAGCUGUGGCUCCAGUCCUCACAACUUCACCAGCACUCCACCCCCAGACAUGUCGUCCCCAGGGGGAAAGAAGGUAAGAGCUCCCACCUGUCCUUCCCACUCUCCUCCACCUCAACCCCUCCCAUCUGGGAGGAAGUCUCCUAUUCACUCCACUGCUCAUCCAUGUGAAGUCAGUAAUGAGCACAUCGGGUGGAUAUCUUUAGUGUCUGUUGGUGGCUCAUACUUGAGGAUGCAAUGGUGAUUCCUUAAUGUCAAUUCUAUCUUGAUUCUUUCACAGAUACAAAACAGUGGAACUCCAGAACAUCCCUCAGCAGGGAUGAUACCGGGACCAGACUCCAUAGGCUAUCCAUACUCCAACAACUCCAAUCUAAGUAUGUAUUUUUCCCCGCUCUGAACUCUAAUCUCGAUUACAGUUAAUGAAACUAUCCACAUAAAAUCUUAAAUAUUUAACCCCUGUCCUUACCCUGUUUAGGUGAUAAUGCUCACAUUGGCAUUGACAUCAUGGAUGAGCCAGGCUCCAGCAGCCCGAGUAAUGACGAGGCAGCCAUGGCUGUGAUCAUGAGCCUCCUGGAGGCAGACGCAGGGCUGGGAGGCCCAGUGGACUUCAGUGACCUGCCCUGGCCACUGUGA